AUGUCUGUCUGUCUGGGAUCUUUUUGUUGUUUCUUUGAUUAGAGAUUUCUGUUCCGCCGCAACAUUCAAUAUGGCAGCUCCCAUAAGAAGAAAAUCAAGAGUUGCUUCAAAUUGAAAGAACCGUGGGGGUUUUCCGGAGUUUACAUAAUUUAUCACAGAUUGUUCACCGAGGUUGAGACAGUUGCAACAUGGCGGCCAACAAGGGAGCACAGCUGUCAAAAAAUGUUCUUCAGAUGAAGUUUAUGCAGCGGAGUGUGCUCAGAAUUGAGAGGGAACAGAAUGAGGACGAGAGGCAAAAGAUCAUUGAUGACGAACAUUGGGUACUUGACCUUCCAGAGUAUAAAACAAAAGAGCAUCGCUAUCUGAAAGAUCAAAGUUACGCAUUCUGUGAGCAGCUACGCUUUGGCAGGCAAUCUUUUCAAGGUUUUAAUCCAGAAAUUGAGAAACUGAUGAAAGCAGAGAUAGCUGAACAAGAAUUGAAAGAAGCUGAAGAGAAGGAGAAGCAGAACAGUGUUAGUGACAAAGAAAUGACACAGAGAUAUUCCUCUCUCAUGGGUAUUCUUGCUAAAAAGUUUGCCAAGAAAAGAAGCAGGAAGGACAUUGUUGAUGAAGAAGAAGUUGAGGAGCCAUCUAAAAAGAAAGCCUUCUUGAAACCUUCAGAUGAUUAGAAUAUGAAUUGUCGGCCAGAACUAUCACCCUAGGUGUAUUUUUUAGAUUUUUUUUUUCUUAACACUGAGAGGUCACUAGAAAGAUUUUAUUUUAAUG